AUGGGCAUCAACACGGCCUUGACAGAGUGGCCGUCAAUACAGAUUCCUGACGCCGUCAAACAGCAUCUGGACAAGUUCUUCUCGAUCAUGGACACGAAUGCCCCCGAAGCAGGCGGUAGACUCGCCGAAGAGAUCUUUGCCAGUGAUGGUGCCAUAGAUGGCCAUCACCGUUUUGAAGGAACCGAAGCCCUCAGACGGUCGAGAGAUAACGCGUGGAAAGCAAUUGCCACCAGGCGGCACGAAAUUCUCAAAGUAUACAUCGACAGUGUGACAGCAGAGGAUCUUUUGGUUCUUGGUCAAGUUACAGUAGGAUAUAUUAGCGGCGAAAAAAAGAGAGGAGAGUUCACAGCACGAAUUUCUCUUGUCGAUACUCAGACAAGUCACCCGAGGAUCAAGCUGUACAAGGUCUGGAUGGACACUGCGGCCAUGGUCAAGGUAGAAUAG